UAAUUUGAGAGAGAGCGAGUACACAGCAAAAAAUAUUUUAAGGUGAAUUGUGGAGAAAUGAAGAAGGAAAAGUGUCCCUUGGGCCUUGGAGAAGCAAUAAAGUGUUUGUUUCAGAAACUUUUUUCACAAUAAUGUCAAAUUUGUUGUGUUCAUGUCAGCCAAUUCGCUAAGGAGACUACUCAGGAAACUUGAGCCUCUCUUCAGUGUACCCUUUCACUUGCCUAAUUCUUCCAACCAGCCAUUCCUCCAUUUCAGCUACCUAUUAAGCUCAUGCAAUUCCCUCGAAUCCCUCAAACGAUUACACGCUUUGGUCUUGACAAAUGGUUAUCACGCAAACCUCACAAUAUGCACCAAGAUUAUAUCAUUGGCGUGCUCUUUAUCGUCCACAAUGGACUAUGCUCGGAAACUGUUCGACCAAAUGCCUCAAAGAGAUGUGUUUGCUUGGAACACCUUGAUUCGGGGAUAUUCCAAUCUUGGUCCUUGUCAAGAAUCCGUAAUUCUUUAUAAAGACAUGCAUUUCCAAGGAUUCUUAGCUGAUAACUAUACGUUCCCUUUUGUACUUCGUUCUUGCUCUGUGCUGUCCGCUUUGAGAGAAGGUAGAGAAGUACAUUGUAACGUUAUUAAAAGUGGAUUUGAAAAUGAUGUGUUUGUACAGAGUUCUUUGAUUACUCUGUAUGCGCAGAGCGGGGAGACUUUGGAUUCAGAGUUGGUGUUUGAUCAAAUGAGAGUGAGGAAUAUCGUUUCUUGGACUGCUGUGAUUGCGGGGUACGUGCAAAAUGGAAUUCCUGAGAAGGGGUUAGGGAUUUUUUUGAAAAUGGUCAAUUCGGGUACUCUACCUAAUGCUAUUACUUUGGUGAGUGUACUUCCGGCAUGUGCAAGGUUGGAGUGUUUGGAACUGGGAAUGUUGAUUCAUGGAUAUAGUAUUAAGUUAGGGGUGGAAACAGAUGUUUCACUAGUUAACGCUUUGAUUGCAUUCUACGGGAAGUGUGGACUCGUUGAUGUCGCUAGGUCUUUGUUUGAUCAAAUGAAGGAGCAUAGUGUGGUUUCAUGGAAUGCGAUAAUUGCUGCUUAUGAGCAAAAUGAUGCUGGUUCUGCGACAAUAAAGCUAUUUCAUAGGAUGCUAGAUCAAGGGGUAGAGUUCGAUUAUAUUACAGUGGUUACCGUUAUUUCGGCUUGUGCUAGGUUGGGGGCACUUGGUACUGGAAAAUGGGUUCAUGAGCUUGUAAAGAGCAAAGGUCUGGAAUGCAAUGUUCCAAUCACUAAUGCACUUAUUGAUAUGUAUGCAAAAUGUGGGAGUAUGGAAUUGGCUAGAGAUGUUUUUGACAGCUUGCCUAAUAGAAGUGUGGUUUCCUGGACAUCAAUUAUAGGGGCUUGUGCUUCUCAUGGUCAUGGGAGAGACGCUCUUCAGUUAUUUUCAAAGAUGAAAGAUGAAGCAAUGCAACCUAAUAGCUUCACCUUCACUGCUGUAUUGACAGCUUGUCGACAUUCAGGUCUUGUACAGGAAGGGAGGAAGCACUUUGAGAGCAUGAAAACAGAAUAUUCGAUAGUGCCAGAGGUGGAGCAAUGUGCUUGUAUGGUGGAUCUUCUAGGACGAGCAGGCCAACUUCGUGAGGCUUAUGAAUUUAUACAAAACAUGCCUAUUGAGCCUGAUGCAAAUGUUUGGGGAGCUUUGCUUGGUGCUUGCAAAAUUCAUGGCAAUCUUGAGCUGGCAGAAUCUCUAGCAGAUCGACUAUUUGAUUUAAAUCCCCAGACAGUUCCUUUCUACAUACUCAUGAAAAACAUCUAUGCUGAAGCCGGAAGGUGGGAGGAUGUAGCUAGGUUGAAAUUCUUGUUGGAUGAAGUGGAAGCUGAAAAGAUUCCUGGCAAAAGUUCAGUUGAGAUAAAUCAACGGAUUCACACAUUUUUGUCUGGGUCAAGGAUUUCAAACUUCUCAAGAGUUCCACUCCAUGAAUAUGGUGUUCAACUGAAGUAUUAGCAAGCAGCUUUUGGAGUCUCCUGCUGUUAUGAAGCAUGCAGUAUAAUUAUCUGUCUCAAUCAAUUGAAGAAUGCUUUAGCAGCUUGGCCAUCCUGGACUUGUGAAACAGAGGCCUUAAUUGUGAAGUAAAUUCUCGCACCUAUGUCCAAACAAUUGGGAGAAAAUCAAUAAGUUCCCUUUCGCAGCAAGUCGAUCCUAUAUGAAUCGCAACGUAAAUUGUACUACGCUCAUGAAAAAUAUCUAUGCAAAUUUGAAAGAUUGGGCUACUUUGAAUGUUAUCUAUGGAUAUUAACUCUAUGUGCGGAGAUGCAUGACUAAUACGAUUUUCAGGAUCAGUUCUUGAUUGAUGACGAUAA